UUGCUGUUCAAAAUUGGGGUCACAUGGGUUUGAGUUGUUGAUUGGCUGACGUCAAGGUCGCUUCUAAGUCCAUCUGCCUGCGAUUAAGUAGCUAAUUAAUCAUUAAAGUUUUAUCACUGUCAUGUCGAUGGAAGACUCAAGUUUUGAAGAUGAAUCUGGUGAUGAACAUGAUGGUUAUGAUCCUGUUCGCAGUCGGAUAGUGGAUAGUCGAAAUUUAGCAUAUAAACCUAGAUAUGUUCCUUCUGAAGCUGAUGAAAAUUCGGGCUCUGACGAUCUAAGUGAUGAUCUGGAAGACCAUUUAUCCUAUUCUCAUAAUCCUCCACGUUCUCCAGUUGAUUCUUCGAGUGAGCAUUCGAUCGUUAAAUCUGAACAAAAUCAUUUUUCGGAGAAUCUGGAUUACGAUAAGGAAUAUCACGUUGAACCGGUUGUGGAUGUCACUACCCCAGGUUAUGCUCCAAGUCAAGCUUUAACUCCCGAAUCCAGCCCUGCUCUGAGUUAUUCCGGUAGUGAACAUGCAUCAGAUGUAAAUCUGACUAGGAAAACUGACCCAAAUAUUUCUAGUGAAGUGCAUCAGGAAGAUGAAGUCGAACACGAGAGCAACAGUGACUCAGAGUCUGUAAGCGAAAAAGACCAGGAAGAGUUUCAUCAACAGGAAGUCGAUAAAACUCCUCAAGUGAAUUCUGUAGAGAAAUAUCCCACAACCAAGCAUAAUUCUCCUAUCGAAUCACUUCAGUAUAAUGAUUUCCCUGACAUUUUUGAUGAUCAUGAUGAUGAUCAAGAUCAAGGCAAAUUCAAUGAAGAUUUCGAAGGUUUUGAGAGAGAUGAACAACCAGAAUCUCAAGUGGAUGGCAUCAUAGCAGAUAUAUUUGGCGAAAGUGAUGCAGAAGAAGAAUUUGAAGGCUUCGCCGAGAAUGAACUGGACAAAGGUAUUGAAGAGGAGGUUGAAGUUCAAACAUCUAGUGAGUUAGUAACAAAAAAAGGUCCCCUUACGACAGCUGGAGAAAACGAAGGGGAUGAAGAGUCUGAACAUGAUGAUGAGUUCGUUUCUGACUUCGACCGGAUAAUGGAGAAAAAGAAAGAAGAAUCACGACGAAGGCGUAGACGUAAUAGGGAUAUUGAAUUCCUUAAUGAUAGUGAUGAUUUGAUUGUUGAAACCAUUUCUCGAAUGAAAAGUGCUGCUGAUGAAGACCGACAGUUACUUACAGCUAGUCGACCAGCGACUAAGAAACUGAACAUGCUCAAAGAAGUAUUAGCUAUCCUUAGGCGAGCUGACCUGAAAUCCGCCCUAAUAGAAAAUGGGAUGCUUUCUGCUAUAACUGAGUGGCUAUCCCCUUUACCUGGCCAUACACUCCCGAAUCUCGUUAUUCGUGACUCUAUGUUGACUAGUCUCAGUGAGUUUCAGUCACUGUCAUCUGAAGUUCUUCAAGAAUCCGGUAUCGGAAAAGCCUUGAUGUAUUUGUACAAACACCCGAGAGAAACUCGAGAAAACAAGGAUAGAGCUGGAAGACUUAUUAAUGAAUGGCUCCGACCCAUAUUCAACUUGACUAGUGACUAUCGAACUCUCACUAAGGAGGAACGUAAACAGCUAGAUUAUGAACAUUUACCUAAGCGGAGAAAUAUCGACAACGAGGCCUACAACCAUCGCGACAUUAACCGAGAAUUGGAUGGUGAAGCCAAAGGACUUUUGAGGCCUGGUGAUCCUGGAUGGGUUAAUAGGGCUCGAGUUCCUCAACCGUCAAAUAAAGAUUAUAUUAUCCGACCCAAAUGGCGUGUUCGGGAGAAUGCUACUGGGGAUGAUAAUGACGAAGAGGGAAAUGAUGAUCAGACAGAACAAUCUCAGUCACUUUCUCGAAAGCAUCGAAAAACACGAACAUCUGGUUUUGGAGCUACAUCACGAAUUGAAAGUCACAUUCGAAAUUUAAGUAAUAGUGCUCGUAAAAGUCAUGCCAAAGCUGCUCGAGCGGUUCCAAUGAGUAUUGAAGGUCGUAAUAUGUCAUUGUGAUUAGUAUUUACUAUCAAAUGUUCUUAUUUUAAUUAUUAACUUCCUUUAAUUAUUCUGCAUCUUACUGUACAGUAUAUUUGUGUAUUUUUCCUUACUUGUCUCAUGAUAUAAAAAUUUGAGCUAGUUUCCGUUUGUACACUAUGUUAUGAAAUAAGCUGGAAAUACCAUGUUCAUUGUUUUUAUUUUCAAAUAUUUUCCAUUAUGAACAUUGGAAAUAUAGAGAAAUAUUGUUUUCUUUACAAAACACUACAUAUUUCCCAUACAAGAUUCAUGAAUUUAUUAUUGUACGUUGGUGUAUAUUCAGUUGCAGGGGAUACAAAGUUUCUGAUCGUUUUUUCUUCCUAUUUGUUUAUUUUAUUAUCAUACAAUGAAAGCUUUUGUAGGCACCGUCGUUUAAAACUUUAUUUGUAUCUAAAACCUAUAUACACUAUAUGAGAAGGAUUAAUUAAAUCACUGAUAAUGAUAAUAUCACUCAUCACAGUGUCCCCAUUAUAUGUAAAAAAUAAAUUAAGUUUAUUUAGAUAUAAUGGUAAGCAUUUUGAAGAUAACUUUGUUAAAGAUAAAUUUGUUCUUCAAGGCGUUUGCUCUUAUGAUAUAUGUGAUAGCUGACCUAUUAAUAUCGUACUAUGAGCUUAUGUAGCUUCUGCCUACAUAAAGGGAGCCCAGUUAGAGAAAAAGAUCUUAAAGGACCUCAGUUAUAAAUGAAUAAUGACGAAUAAUUGGAAAUGGUCGUAUCAAUUAAAAUUUGACAUUGAAAGGUUUUGUUUUGUGAAAUUUCGAUCCUUUCUACAACAUAGUCUGGAUGAUUUUACUGGUUAAAUCUAUAAUACCGUCCCACUAGUCGGUAAACGUUUUCUUCAUUACAGUUUUAACUUGUUGAAACAAUUUGUAUUUUCUGUUGUCUUGUGAUAUUAAUAUGACUCAGUGACGCCAAAAGUACUAAUGAUAGUGAUGAUUGCACUCAUCUUAGAUCUGUGCGUCAUCAGUCCAAAUGUAUAUUUCUUCUGUCAUACUAAUCCAGACAAUCAUAUCAGUCAGAUGAAUAAAAACAACAACAUAGGAUUUCUGUUAACUGUGUACUGUAGCAAAUAUGUCAUCAAGUUAUAUCUAAAAGUAAUCAGUAUAUAAUCCCUUUCCUUGCAAUAUAGUAGAUGUAUGAUAGGAUUUUCAAUCAUAUCGUGGAUUAUGAGUGCGCUUUUGAUAUGCUUUGAUAACUAGUCAUCAGUAUGUGUUAUAAGCUUUUCAUGCAAUGUACAUAAGGUAUACAAGAUAAAAACAAUUCCUUUUGUAAAAACAACAACAAUCCCUGUUGUAUUAAAUGUAAUUAAUGAAUGUAUAUAACAAUAGCACAAGGUUCACAUAAAAGGUGACUGGAUUACACUAUUGAGGAUUAAUCAUACCGAUGUACUUGGAUAUUUCUAAAAAUCUUCACUGCAGCAUACUGAAUAUAAAAUAUCUCAAACGGAAGCCUUUAUACGCUUUUAGUAUGACGGGAUGGGAAGCCAAAAUUACGUUUUGAACUCAUUAUGACACUUUUUCAACACCACUUCCGUUUUUAAUUCAAUACGCUGGUCAUCAACUGUAGUAUUUGUUUUACUUACGGUGUGCUAUUUUACCAUAAAUCGCUUUACUUCAGUGUGUUGGUUAUUUAAGAUACAAUGUUUUUGUAUUAAAUUAAUAUGAACUAUGUUCAGCAUGACAUGCAGCAUGUGAUUUUUCAUAUAUGUGAUUUUAUUCUAAUGAAUAAUCAAAGUGAAUACACAAUCAAUGUAUAAAUGAUUGUAUUUUCGACUAGGGUCAUCGCUUUUCAGAGUUAAUAAAUUUUCACUUGUAUUA